AUGAUCACAGUGAAUUCAGAUGGGAAAAUAAUGGUCAGAAGAUGUCUCGUCACCUUGAGGCCUUUUAGGAUAUUUGUGGUAGGCAUUGGAUUUUUCACUCUCUGCUUCUUAAUGACAUCCUUGGGAGGGCAGUUUUCAGCCAAAAGACUGGGAGACUCUCCAUUCACCAUCAGGACAGAAGUGAUGGGGACUCUGGAGUCCAGAGGAGUGCUGAGGAAAAUGAGUGAUAUGCUGGAGACAAUGGUGAAGAGGAUGGAAGUGCUAGCCAGGCUGGAGAAUAGCACAGACUUCCGGAAAGGGGAAGAAGCCCAUUUCCCAAUGGACAGGUUCCAUCCAGCAGCUGGUCUGAUGGAGAGGAUUCAAGCAAUUGCUCAGAAUGUCUCAGACAUCGCAAUGAAGGUGGAUCAGAUUCUUCGCAACAGUCUCCUAAAUGGAAAAUCCAUAGAAGGCCGACGGGACCAGUGUGAAGUGCCCAGAGAUCCCAAGUACCCCGAUUGCUCUGGAAAAGUAGAGUGGAUGAGGGCUCGAUGGACGUCGGACCCUUGCUAUGCAUUCUUUGGUGUGGAUGGCACAGAAUGCUCGUUCCUCAUCUAUCUCAGUGAAGUUGAGUGGUUCUGCCCACUGCUGCCUUGGAGAAAUCAGUCAGCAGCUGCCCCUUCUUCCAACCCAUCGCCCAGGAUACAGGCGGCUUUUCAGAGAGACCUCUCCUAUCUUCUGGAGUUAAUUGGCAGCGGCAAGGAGUCCUUGAUCUUCAUGAAGAAACGGAUCCGUCAUUUGGCUGCACAAUGGCUGAGGGCCUCUCAUAAACUGGAACAGAAGCUGGAGGGGAAACACCGAGAUCAGAAGCAGAUUUUGAUUCACAUUGGCUUCUUGACAGAAGAAUCAGGAGAUGUUUUCAGCCCUCGUGUAUUAAAAGGGGGUCCAUUGGGGGAGAUGGUCCAAUGGGCAGAUAUAUUAGCUGUUCUUUACAUCCUGGGCCAUAGCCUGAAGAUCACCAUCUCUUUGAAAGAACUUCAGAGUAACUUAGGAGUGCCACCUGGUCGAGGUAAUUGUCCCUUGAUGGUUCCUUUGCCCUUUGAUCUCAUUUAUACGGACUACCAUGGGCUGCAGCAGAUGAAGCAGCAUAUGGGCCUCUCCUUUAAAAAAUACAGAUGCCGUGUUCGGGUAAUUGAUACUUUUGGGACUGAACCUGCAUACAAUCAUGAGGAAUAUGCCACUCUGCAUGGAUAUCGAACAAACUGGGGCUAUUGGAACCUCCAUCCUAAACAGUUCAUGACAAUGUUUCCUCAUACACCAGAUAAUUCUUUCAUGGGGUUUGUGUCAGAAGAGCUCAAUGUGACUGAGAAGCAGUUUAUUAAAUCCAACAAGGCCAACAAUAUGGCAGUUGUCUAUGGGAAGGAAGCCAGCAUUUGGAAGUUACAGGGUAAAGAGAAGUUUCUAGCCAUCCUUAACAAGUACAUGGAGAUCCAUGGCACUGUUUAUUAUGAAACCCAGCGCCCACCGGAGGUUCCAGCUUUUGUGAAGAAUCAUGGUCUUUUGCCCCAGCAUGACUUUCAGCAGCUGCUGAGAAAAGCCAAGCUCUUUAUUGGCUUUGGUUUUCCUUACGAAGGCCCUGCCCCUUUGGAAGCAAUAGCUAAUGGAUGUGUUUUUCUGCAAGCUCGUUUCAAUCCACCCCACAGUUCACUCAACCAUGAAUUCUUCAGAGGGAAGCCAACAUCAAGGGAGGUAUCCUCUCAGCAUCCCUAUGCAGAAGAUUUCAUUGGAAAACCUCAUGUGUGGACAGUGGAUUAUAAUAAUUCAGAGGAGUUUGAAUCGGCCAUCAAAGCAAUUAUGAGUACUAAGGUUGAUCCUUACUUGCCCUAUGAAUACACAUCCGAAGGAAUGCUAGAGCGGAUUCAUGCCUACAUUCAAAACCAGGAUUUCUGUGCUACUGCUGCUCUACCAGCCAAGUCCAGCAGCCCGACUAUGCAAAGCUCUCUCAGUCCUUUCAUCCUGCAAUCCAAUGCAACUGCCCUGGUAUGGUCUCAUAAUGUAACCAGCAGCCAUCUUCCAGCUUGGCCCCCAGUCAAGUCCCUGCAGGUGUGGCUAUCUGAGACUGGCCAAGCAUGCACCAGAACUUGUCAGCAGCACAAUUUAGUCUGUGAGCCUGAGUUUUUCAAGUUCCUGAACAAAAAAGAAGUGUUCCAGCAGCUCAACGUUGUUUGUGAUAGCACAGAGUCUGAGAUGAAUCACCUUUAUCCAGCUGUGGCUGAAAAUGUCCGGGAAUGCUACCUUCAAAAGGAUCAUCUGUUAUUCAGCUGUGCUGGAUGCAAUACCAAGUACCAGCGCCUCUGCCCAUGCCGUGAUUACCAGAAGGGACAGGUGGCACUCUGCAGAGACUGUUUGUGACUCCACUGAGGCAAGUGUUGUGGUGACAUAUCACAUGCACUGAGUGACUUUCCCCCCCACAUAAACUCUUCUGCAAUAGUCAAGAAGGAUCUGGAAUUCAAGACAAUUCCAAGAAGGAACAUAUUUUUGGAGACUUGCAAAAACACUUGGAUGCCAAUGAUGUUGGUUUGUCUGCCAUUCAAGGAUGAAUAACUCUUUUAAUGUUCCUUUACAACAACUCUUCUACCACACCCAAAAUCAUUUGGCACCCCAGAAGGAACCUAGAAGAACAAGCUGAUUUUUUUCAGAAAGCAAAGCACCUCUUUAGUAUCUCAUCUUCCUGAA